CGCCGGCUUCGGCUGCGCCCUUCGCGGUCCGCAGAAGACUUAACCAAUGGCUCAUAUGAUGACGUCCUAAAUGCUGAACAGCUUCAGAAACUCCUUUACCUGCUUGAGUCAACUGAGGAUCCAGCCAUUAUCGAAAGAGCUUUGGUCACCGUGGGGAACAGUGCAGCCUUUUCCGCCAACCAGGUCGUUAUUCGUGAACUGGGUGGUAUUCCAGUCGUUGGAAGCAAAAUCAACAGUCCCAACCAGAGUAUCAAAGAGAAAGCUUUAAAUGCACUGAAUAACCUGAGUGUGAAUGUUGAAAAUCAAAUCAAGAUAAAGGUGUACGUGAAUCAAGUCUGCGAGGAUGUGUUGUCUGGCCCCCUGAACUCCGCGGUGCAGCUGGCCGGACUGAGGCUGUUAACAAACAUGACAGUUACCAACGACCACCAGCACAUGCUUCGCAGUUACAUUACAGACCUGUUCCACGUGUUGCUCACAGGAAAUGGAAGCACCAAGGUUCAAGUUUUGAAACUGCUUUUGAAUUUGUCUGAAAAUCCAGCCAUGACAGAUGGACUACUUGGUGCCCAAGUGGAUUCAUCAUUCCUUUCGCUCUAUGAUGGCCAUGUAGCAAAGGAGAUUCUUCUUCGAGUUCUCACGCUAUUUCAGAAUAUAAAUAACUGUCUCAAAAAGGAAGGCUGUUUAGUUAUUGGCCCUACUUUCACUAAAGGUUCACUGUUUUACCUGCUAUAUGGAGAAGAAUGUGCCCAGAAAAUGAGAGCUUUAGUUUAUCACCAGGAUGCGGACGUGAAGGAAAAGGUAACAAUGCUACCAAAAUUCUAACUGGUUGGUCAUAUUUUUUUUCCAAAGAGCAAUGUAGUGUAGACGUAAUUCACAUAAACUUCUCAUUUUUCACCUUCUUAGAGCUACUGAAUUGAAACAGUAAGUGUCAUGUUUUAUCUUUAACACAACUACAACUUGCCAUGGUCUUUCUGGUUUAUUUUGGACCAUGUUAUUGACACCAAAUUAACACAAGAGCUUGUUCUAAAACCAUUUUUUUUAUUUUGCUUUUUGCUGAAACACUUCAGUUAUUUCCUCUGCAUGGAGUGACAGUGACCUUUUUUAUGUGUAAGCUACCCUUCACUGUCUGAGGUGGCAUUAGCACGUUUCAUAACUGCCCUAGGAAUGACCUUGUUCUUUCAGCAGAGAUGAGAACCUGUACUCCCAAGCCCACCUGCCAGGUUGCUUUUGGGUCUGUCCUAAAUCCGCAGACUCUGUUCUAGUCCAUGAAGCCUGUAGACUGUCAGGAAUACCUUCCUAGCGCUCGCCCGCCCCUGGUCAGUGUGCUCUGUGUAAUGUGCUGGGAUCUGUCAGAAUCCAUCCAAAAGCAGUUGGUUAAAUCAUCUGUCUAGUCUUCAAAAGGAAAUGUGCUAAUGUGGAAAGACAUCCAUGAAAUGUUUGUUUUUUAAAAUGUUGAAGAAAAAUAUGUAUAAUGUGAUCCCAUUUAUGGAUUUUUAAACACAAUAUAUGCUUAUAUAUGGACAGAACACUUCUGUCAUUCAUAUAGAAACAAUCUGGCAUAUCUAGACUUACGCCCAAACUCCUGGGAAUAGGACUGGAGAGUGAGGGAAUGACUUUUCUAUGUACACUUUCUAUUGUUUGAACUUUUUACUCUGAGCAUAAAUUUUAUAAUUUUUCUAAAUAAAGAAGAAAAAAAAUCACAA